GUCUCUCCCAACAGCUCCGCGGUCAGAUGUCAGAACAACAAAUACAAUAAUCCCAGAGGAAGAGGAAGAGGAAGAGGAAGAGGAAGAAGAAGGGUUAGGGCAAACCGAAAGGCGCGCCAUCCAACGGUCCCCCUAUCCUUUCUCUCUUUUUUUCUCUCCCUCUAAAAACCAAAGUUGUAGGGAUUACUUUCCCCUCCACAGAGUUCGACUCCACCUUCGAAGGAACCCUAAGUUACGCAAUAUUAUUAUUAAUUGCUCAAGAAUAUGAGCGGACAAGUCCCUCCAGCUCCUAGGCGGAACAGUUUGGUUCAAAAGCGUAACCCAUCAUCCACUCUCAAGAAAUCCACCUCUCAAUCCGAGAAUGGAACCACCAACGGUCUAUCCCAUCCCAAACCCUCCUCCCCCAACAACCAUUCGUCUGUUGGUGGUGAAAGGACGGUCAAGAAACUGAGGCUAUCAAAGGCCCUUACUAUUCCGGAGGGGACCACUGUCUCCGACGCUUGUCGGAGGAUGGCCGCCCGCAGAGUUGAUGCCGUUCUCUUGACUGAUUCCAACGCUUUGCUAUCUGGGAUUGUCACGGACAAGGACAUCGCCACCAGAGUUAUAGCAGAGGAUUUGAGGCCGGAGCAGACUGUAAUUUCAAAGGUCAUGACAAGGAAUCCCAUUUUUGUCACCUCGGACUCACUGGCAAUUGAGGCUCUUCAGAAGAUGGUCCAGGGAAAAUUUAGGCAUCUCCCUGUUGUAGAGAACGGUGAAGUUAUUGCCCUGUUGGAUAUUACAAAAUGCCUUUAUGAUGCUAUUUCCCGGAUGGAAAAGGCAGCAGAGCAGGGUAGUGCCAUUGCAGCUGCAGUCGAAGGGGUGGAGCGCCAGUGGGGGAGCAAUUUUUCAGCUCCAUCUGCUUUCAUUGAAACACUUAGAGAUCGGAUGUUCAAGCCAUCUUUGUCAACUAUUGUUGCCGAAAAUGCCAAGGUUGCUAUAGUGUUACCAUCAGAUCCUGUCCAUGUUGCUGCCAAAAAGAUGCGAGAGUUGCGGGUUAACUCUGUGAUCAUUGCCACAGGGACUGAGAUUCUUGGGAUAUUAACUUCGAAGGAUAUCUUUAUGAGAGUAGUGGCUCAAAAUCUCUCUCCUGAAUUGACUCUGGUGGAAAAGGUAAUGACACCAAACCCCGAAUGUGCAACACUUGAGACUACAAUCCUUGAAGCUCUGCAUAUCAUGCGCGAUGGAAAGUUCUUACAUCUUCCUGUCGUAGACAAGGAUGGAUAUAUUGCUGCUUGUGUGGACGUUCUUCAGAUAACUCACGCAGCGAUCUCCAUGGUUGAGAGUAGCUCUGGAGCUGCUAAUGAUGUGGCAAACACAAUGAUGCAAAAGUUCUGGGAUUCAGCACUUGCCCUAGAGCCGCCUGAUGAUUAUGACAACCAGAGUGAGAUGUCUAUGUCUGCAUUGAACGCAUCAGAUGGGACAGAACAUGGGAAGUCUUCAUAUCCAUCUCUUGGUCUUGGGAAUUCGUUUGCCUUCAAAUUUGAGGACCGCAAGGGUCGUGUACACCGAUUAAAUUUUGGCACUGAGAACUUAGGUGAGCUUGUUGAUACUGUUAUGCAAAGGGUAGGUGCUGUUAGUGAUCAAGAACACCCUCAGCUGUUGUAUGAAGACGAUGAAGGUGAUAAGGUUCUCCUUGCAACUGAUGGUGAUCUUGUUGGUGCUGUUAGUCAUGCCAGAUCAGUGGGGCUAAAGCUUUUGAGAUUGCAUUUGGAUUUUUCUGAUUCAAGUCAACAAAAGACAGGACCAGAAUCAUGUUCUACUAGCACUGAGAAAACUGGAUGGUUGACUCUCCGCUCUGGGAUUUUUGCUGGUGCAGUUGCUUUGACAGGCAUUGGCGUAUUAGUUUACUUGAAGCGCUCCAACCUUUGAUUUUCCGCUGAUCUAUUUAAAGGGUGAAAAAAAAUAGUGAUAUGGAGUUUUGAUUGUAUUAAGGCUGUAAGGCAUUUACCAGCAUCUGAAGAUGUUUGAAUGGUUUUUAAAAAAAAGUUGAAGAUGGAAAGCAGCGUUUUCUCA